AUGUCAGGACGCGGAAAGCAGGGAGGCAAAGCUCGCGCCAAGGCCAAAUCGCGGUCGUCUCGCGCCGGCCUGCAGUUCCCGGUGGGCCGAGUGCACCGGCUGCUGCGCAAGGGGAACUACGCCGAGCGGGUGGGGGCCGGCGCGCCGGUGUACCUGGCGGCGGUGCUGGAGUAUCUGACGGCGGAGAUCCUGGAGCUGGCGGGGAACGCGGCCCGAGACAACAAGAAGACGCGCAUCAUCCCUCGCCAUUUGCAGCUAGCCGUGAGAAAUGACGAAGAGCUCAACAAGUUACUUGGGGGUGUCACCAUUGCUCAGGGCGGCGUCCUGCCCAAUAUCCAGGCGGUCUUGUUGCCCAAGAAAACGGAGAGUCACAAGCCUGGCAAGAACAAGUAAUUAGGAAGGUCGAGACCGUCCCCACUAACCCCAAAGGCUCUUUUAAGAGCCACCAAAACGUCAACGGAGGGGCUGAUAACGGAAUAGCGCAUUAGCUCUUUUUUUGAAAACUUGGGUGGCUCUAAAAAGAGCCUUUGGUCUUUGGCUUGUCAGGGUUUUAUUUGCUUUUGGCUUUGUGGCUUUC